CUUCCUUCUUUUGGACUGUGCUCCUACAUGAACACAAAACAACAAUGCAGCCAACUGCACGGUGUCUUGCCCCCGGGUUUAUAAGGCGGAGCUUGGACGAGUUCAAGCGCCUGUCUAAUGUCGCACUCAAAUUUGAGGCAAUAUCCACCCCGAAAAAGGCCUAUCCGCUCAUAUUAUUCGAUGACGAAGAUUCCCUCACAAGAUGCAAACGUAUGAGCGAUAAGGAUAUUGGCGGUUUCUCCACGGCCAACUUUGACUUCGUCCCGGCUUCGGAGAAGGAGCCACCACACGCCCGAUUCUCCGGCAACAUAUCGAUUGAGCUUCCAAAGAACCAACCGCACGUCCAGAGAACAGGCUAUGCCGGGUGGAGGACACAUGAUCAAGGAUACACGAUCUUUGGCAAGUCCGUAUGGAACGUCGACCCAUAUAACUACCUUGCCAUCCAUUUCAAGUCGGAUGGUCGCAAAUAUUUUGUCAAUGUACAGACCGAGUCGAUCGUUCAUACAGACAUCCACCAGCAUCGCUUACACUCGAAGACUCCGGGCGAAUGGGAGACUAUUCUGAUCAAGUGGAACGAGUUCGUUCGAACGAACCACGGGCAAGUUGUCGAGCCGCAGCGGGAAAUGUUGACACAGAAAGUCCGGACGGUCGGCGCGGCACUCAUUGAUAGGAUCCAGGGGCCUUACGAUCUGAGUAUCAGUAAGGUGUGGGCAACGAAUGCAGGCCCGGAUGACGAGAUUCUGCGCAAUGUGACUGGGGCGGUCAGCGGGUUGCCUAUGACUACGUCAAGGCAGGGAGGAUUCAGCAAACCCACAUUAUCAAGUAGAAAACCACAAAGCUCGGCGUAAUCAAAAGUUGCCUUCAACCCCAAGGAGAUGGCCCUUUUUCUUCGUACUUGACAUAGGGACAUGCUUUGAAACGCCAUGUACAUAAUUUGUUUGAAGCCAGAUAUUCUAGUAAUCAAUGAGGUACAUACCAUGAACUAUUAC